AUUGCAGAAUUAUUCAUUUAAAGAUGUAUUGUUUUUUUACUUGAUCAUUAUGGGAGACAUCGAGCGGCGCUUUUAUCGUAAUAAGUCCAAACUACAUAAAAGUUUAAGAACGCUUAUUCAUCACGAAGGCAAAGUGCAACGAAUUAAUUGUGAAUUAGGACGCUUACAUGCAGAGUUGGAGGAAAACCUCAAGAAAAUUGGGAAGAAAAUUGGAAAGCGCGCCAGAAAUUUCAAGACCCCAGCGCGCUAUUAUGACUAUGAAAGAGAAGUCAAUGUGCUUCAAGAUGAAGUCGUUGGAUGCAAGAAACGUGUGGAAGAGCUUGUAGAAACACGAAAAGCUGUAAUGGUUAGCUCAGCAUCUUUCGUUGAAAAACUCUAUAAUCACAAAAAACAAUUCAAAAAUGGUCUUGACGAAACCAUCGAUUGCUUAAAAUGUAAUGCGGCGAUGGCAUACGAUCCCAAAAAAAUAAGAUCUUAUAAACGCAGGAUAAGGGAUGUGCAACAUGCGUUCAAAAAAAAUGUUAAGCUUACUAAAUCAAUUGAAUAUAAACUGAAAACAUACAUCGAUUAUCUUAAAAAACAUGAUCUACUAAUUGAAAAGGACGACGAUCCCUUUGAACCAUAUGAAUGGCAUCCACCUGUUAUUAAUGAAUAUUCCACUGAGGAUGAUGUAUAUGUAACUGCAAAUGAGGAUGUGUAUGAAAGUGAUUGACUGAUAAUUGAUUGAUUGGUUAAAUGUCUAACUCAUGCGUUAAGAUAACAUUUUGGCAAUAUAUAUUUUUAAAUAUGAAAAC